GGGCGGGCGGGCGAGCGAGGUGCCGCCCCCCCCGCGAGCGAGCCGCAGCGCCUCGUCUUCCUGCCGGCGGCCGGCUCGGACCGACAACUCCAAGUCCAGUUUAAGGCUAGUUAACCAGCCUAAUGGUCUUGAGGACACGGAUUGCAUCUCUGCACCAACAUGAGGCUGAAGCUAACUCCCUGUUCCCGGUUCCGUGAGCGGAGGCGGAGGGGAGGCCGCGCCCCUCGCACCGCCCAGGACAAGAUGGCGGCGGCCGAGGCCGGGCCCGGGGCCGGGGUGGCGGCGGCGCGGCAGCGGCUGUCGCGGCAGGAGCAGGACGUGCGCUGCCUGGCGGCCGAGAUCGGGCGGCUCAAGGAGCCGGGGGCGGCGCGCGGCUGCAGCGCGGAGCUGGGGCGGCUGCGGGCCGAGAACGAGCGGCUGCGCUACCGGCUCCUGCACCUCCGCCGCAGCCUGGCCGCCGAGCUGGGCCGCGCCGCAGCGCAGCCGCGGGCCGCCGGGCAGGAUGUCUCUGCUACAAACCCAGUUCCUGCCAAGAGCAAGAAUAAAAGGGAAAAGAAAAAGGAAAAUGAAGUUAUGAAUGGACUUAGGGGUGAGCUGUGCUAUGAGCCAGACUUCAUAGAAGACAGGAUGAAGAUUUAUGAAACACUGAAAAAAGAACACGAUGCCUUGCUUUCCUACAGAGCAGCCAGUGAGAACAGACCCAUCAAAAUAAUUCUGACUGAUGGGAAUGUGGUUGAAGGGGAAUCUUGGAAAACCACACCUUAUCAAAUAGGUGCAGGAAUUAGUCAAGGAUUGGCAGAAAAUGCAGUGAUAGCCAAAGUGAACAGUGAAUUGUGGGAUAUGGAUCGUCCAUUGGAAGGAGACUGCACACUUGAACUGCUUACAUUUGAUAAUGAAGAAGCUCAGGCUGUUUACUGGCAUUCAAGUGCUCACAUCCUUGGAGAAGCUAUGGAGAGUUACUACGGAGGCUGUUUGUGCUAUGGGCCACCUAUUGAGAAUGGAUUUUAUUAUGACAUGUAUAUUGAAGACAGGGGUGUCUCUAGUACAGAAUUCCCAUCACUGGAGAACAGAUGUAAAAAUAUCAUUAAAGAAAAGCAGUCGUUUGAAAGACUAGAAGUCAGCAAGGAGAUUCUGUUAGAUAUGUUUAAGUAUAACAAGUUUAAAUGUCGUAUCCUGAAUGAAAAAGUUGACACACCAACUACCACAAUAUACAGGUGUGGUCCAUUGAUUGAUCUUUGCAGAGGGCCACAUGUGAGACAUACUGGAAAAAUUAAGGCUUUAAAAAUAUUUAAGAAUUCCUCUACAUAUUGGGAAGGAAAGGCUGACAUGGAAACUCUGCAGAGAAUCUAUGGAAUAUCCUUCCCUGAUAGCAAAAUGAUGAAGGAAUGGGAAAAAUUCCAAGAAGAAGCCAGAAACCGGGAUCAUAGAAAAAUUGGAAAGGAACAAGAACUUUUCUUUUUCCAUGAUCUGAGUCCAGGAAGCUGUUUUUUCCUCCCCAGAGGUGCCUUCCUUUACAAUGUACUUACAGAUUUUAUACGAGGGGAGUAUCACAGACGUAACUUCACUGAAGUAGUGUCGCCCAAUAUCUAUAAUAGUAAACUCUGGGAAGCAUCAGGCCACUGGCAACACUACAGUGAAAAUAUAUUCUCGUUUGAAGUUGAGAAGGAGACUUUUGCUCUAAAACCCAUGAACUGUCCCGGACAUUGCUUGAUGUUUGCUCACCGCCCACGCUCCUGGAGGGAAAUGCCUAUUAGACUGGCAGAUUUUGGAGUUCUUCAUCGAAAUGAACUUUCAGGGACUUUAAGUGGCUUGACACGAGUCAGGCGCUUCCAACAGGAUGAUGCUCACAUCUUUUGCACAAUGGAACAGAUUGAGGAAGAAAUGAAGGGCUGUCUCAACUUCUUGCAGUCAGUUUAUGCUGUCUUUGGUUUUACCUUCCAAUUGCAUCUUUCUACAAGACCUGAAAAUUACCUAGGGGAAAUAGAAAUCUGGGACCAUGCAGAAAAGCAACUACAAAACAGCUUGAAUGAUUUUGGAGAGCCAUGGAAGUUGAAUCCAGGAGAUGGAGCAUUUUAUGGUCCAAAGAUUGAUAUCAAAAUCAAAGAUGCUAUUGGUAGAUACCAUCAGUGUGCUACUAUCCAACUUGACUUCCAGCUACCAAUCAGGUUUAAUCUUACGUAUGUUGGUAAGGAUGGUGAUGAUAAGAAAAGGCCAGUGAUCAUUCAUCGAGCCAUUUUGGGCUCAGUGGAGAGAAUGAUAGCUAUUCUAGCAGAAAAUUAUGGAGGAAAAUGGCCUUUCUGGCUCUCCCCUCGGCAGGUCAUGGUUGUUCCAGUGGGGCCUACUUGUGAGGAAUAUGCCCAUCAGGUUUGUAGUGAAUUUUUUGAAGCAGGAUUUAUGGCUGAUGUUGAUGGAGACCAGAGUUGCACAUUAAACAAGAAAAUAAGAAACGCACAGCUGGCUCAAUAUAAUUUUAUUUUAGUGGUUGGGGAAAAGGAAAAAGCAAGUAAUGCUGUCAAUGUGAGAACAAGAGACAACAAGGUUCAUGGAGAGAUUUCCAUAUCUUCUGCCAUUGAAAAACUAAAGAAUUUAAAGAAUUCUCAUACUCUAAAUGCAGAGGAAGAAUUUUGAAAUUGGUUAAUUUCCUGAGAUGAAACCGAAAUGCCUGGCUCCUCACUCUAACGUUGUAGUGUUUUGUUGCAAAAUCUUUGUAUUAAUGCAGAAAUAUGAGGCUGAUGUGGGUGUUUUGGGGAUAGUAUAAAAGGACAGGUGCAACUAUGGAUUCUCAGGCAGUCGUAUAGAUAGCAAAUGCCAUAAAAACUGUACUUGUAUUACAAAAUAUAUUGUUUAUAUAACUUAAGUUUUGAUUGUUAGAGCUAGUAGAAGAAAAACAUUGGAAUGUAUUGGCCUGCUGCUAUAAUUCCUGAAUUAUUUCAGAUAUUCAAAUGAUAGCUAUGUAAUUAAGUUGAGAUGGAAUCUGAAACUUGACAGUUUGUAGAUGCAUGAGGAGCAUUUUAACUUUAUAUGCUGUAAUCCCAGUUCAUGUCAAGUAUCUUUAUUUUAUUAGGAUCAGCCUAGUUCCUACUAGGUUAGUGUUCCCAUGUCACUAAUGCACUGGUAACUCUCACAGAAGUGAGCAGCAAGGCCUGGGACUGAAUAACCAUUCACUCCAAAAGUGACUGUUUAAAGAGGUUGAGUGUAACCUUGCAUUGCAUUGUUGCUUGUGCUGUGUGUUCUGUGGAUAAAAAGGAACAUUUCAAUUUCCAGUGCUGUCACUUUGGCCCUUUCCAAAACUAUUAAACUAACCAUGCAUAGAACCAGAGUUGACUUGAGCAAGGUGCGGGGCCUGGGGCAGAUCAGCCCAUAUGGGGCCCCACUCCUGCUCUGAUCCCACGGGACCCAUACCCGCAGAAGCUGCUGCUGCCACCAGUGGCAGCAGCAUGCGGGGGGCGGAAGGCUGCUGCUCCACCCAGCCGCUGUUCUGCCCCACUCUGGGGUCCCCCAAAGCAUGCAGCCCAGGGCAGUCACCCUGAUUCACGCCCCCACCUCCCCCAGGGCCGGCCCUGCAUGGAACACAUUGUGGAAUUUCUGCUUUGCUUCAGAUAAUGGCACUAGAAAUAUCUAUUCCACCCCUCUCUCUUUUUUUCAUGUUUACUAUACAGGACACUGGAAACUCCAAGACUCCUCUUUCAAUUGAUCCAUUUUGUAGGUUUAUUUUUUAAAGUUUACUGUUCCUGUCAGUUGAAUAAAUCCUCAGUACAACAA